UUCCUUCUUUAAAAAAAGGCGUAGAGUACCGAUUAAACAGUGUUUUCGUGAAUUGUCAUUCGUCACUUCACAGGAAGAAAAAAGGUUUCAAAAGCACGACUCGCAUUGACUCCUCAUCUUCGGAAAUCGGAUUGGGUUGAUCAUCGAGAAGACUAAGAAUUUAAUCGCCAUCGCAGUUCUGGAAUUCAAAUUUUGAGUUUCACGAGAGCGAUCGCUGAUGGAAGUGCCGGAAAACGAAGGAAAAAUGGAAUCGUCAGAUGAAGACGAGGAAGAAGAUGAAGUAUGGAGGAAACACUACUCUUCGAAACACAGAAUAUUACUUGUCGGAGAAGGCGAUUUUUCCUUUGCCCUGUCUCUGGCCAAUCACUUCGGAUCUGCUUGUAACAUCGUAGCCACUUGCCGUGAUUCUCAAGAUGACCUUGAAAGGAAGUUCAGCGACGGAAUUAGGAAUGUGAGGGAGCUGGAAGAAAGAGGAUGUUUAGUAUUCUACGGAAUCGACGUUCGAAAUAUGAGUCAACAUUUCUUCCUCAGAACACAGAGAUUCGAUCGCAUCGUCUACAACUUCCCUCACGUCGGAUUCCUGUUCCGCGAGGACAGUUUCUGCCAAAUUCAAUUGAACAAGGAGCUGGUGGAAGGGUUUCUGAGGAACGCUAGGGUUUUGUUGAAGAAAGGAGAUGGGGAGAUUCAUGUAACACACAAGGAGGGGGAACCCUACAACAAAUGGGAGCUAGUGGAGGAAGCCAUGAAAGCGGGGUUGCAAUUGCAAGAAACGGUACCGUUUUGCAAGAAUGAUUAUCCAGGAUAUCAGAACAAGAGAGCCGAUGGAGGUCACUCGAAUGCGCCAUUUUGGCUUGGGGAUUGCAGCACUUACAAGUUUAAGCUCAAUCAGUCUCCCUAAAAUGGCGAUGGGAUCAAACAAACAGAAAUUCAGAGAAGAAUGGAAGGAAGCUUCUUCUCUACUUCUCUUAGCUUACCUGUAUUGUCUUCUUGUUAUGAACUCUGUCUUAUUAAUCUCUUUGAGACUCUGCCAAUGGCUAUCUAAUUUCACUAUAAUUUUAGUUACCACCAAAUUAAUAUCAUUCUCAUUAAUUUGGCUGUGAUUA